AUGGCUUCCUCCGCCCUCAGAUGGGGCUCCAAAGCCACCUCCCAGGUCGUCCGCCAACUCCGUGAGCGGCCACGCGACGCAGCGCCUCCACCCGAGCCGACACAUGUCCUGCUCUCCAACGUACCGCGAACGGCCACCCCUGCCGACAUCCGCAGGUUGUGUGCAAAGCACAAGGCCGUCCAUGUCUCUCGUGUUGCUAUCGACUACCACCGCUUCACUCCGACCGGCCGCGCCUGGCUAACCAUCACCAGCCCAAAUUUCGCCCAGAAUACUGCAAAGUCGCUUAACAGGAGCAUGCUCGGCGCGUCCACCAUCGCCUCGCACCCCGCAGAUCCUAGCGCGAAGACUCGACCUCCCUUCAGGACACGCGGCACCAAGGGCCGCUUGGAGGCAGCGGAGCGUGGUCUCGUCAUGGGCAUGGGUCCGGACGGCGGCGUGUCCAAUCAAGGGCGCAACGUCGUCAUCUACGGUAUGCCAGGCAAGAUGACUCCAGAAAGCCUAAGGGAGUACCUCAAGAGUUUCAAGCUUGCCGGCUCCGAGGGCGGACAGAAGGAAAUUAUCAAGCUUGAAGUCCCGGAGGUGCAGCGGGUCACGUUUAUAUCCCGAUACUUUGUCCGCACGUCAUCAAUCUCGGAAGCCCACCGUCUAGUUCGCCGUGUACACAUGACGUUCUUCCAGUCCGAUAUCCAUGGCACCAGAUAUCCUAUUCGCGCGCAGGUGCUAUACUGA